GUGAUGUGAAUGAGUAAAAAGAAAGGGAAUAUCGCUAAACAUAGUGCUAAUGAGGAGUAGAGUUGGGUAUAGUGUGAAUGAAAAAAAUAAUGUUUUCAUGAGUGGCACAAUCCUGCUCUCUCUCUUUCUCUCUCUUUUUUCACUCCUUGUCGCUCUAAUUAUUGAUUGACCAGCCUAGGUAGGUACCUAGCAUGCUAUUAUCAUCAACACAGUACGGUACCAGAAAAAAAAAGUAGCUGGAGGGACAAUUAUUGAUCAAGCAGGUACCAAAUAAGGUCACAUUCACUGAGUGGAGUGAGCGGCCUAGAUGCGCAGGGUCGCGCAGUUAUUUUUUUUUUUUUGUGGGGUCAACUAGAUCUAGCCUUAUACACUGCCUCUUGUCCAUAAAGGCUUCUGAUCACAUGACCAUAACAUGGGUCAUAUUCACAUGCAAAGUUCACACCUGGACUGUCCCUUGUCCAUUGAUACAGCACGCUAAACUGUAUUAUUGGCCUAUGUCACAUGUCAGCUGAUCAUACACAGUUUACCCUAUCGUGUUGCCAGUAGGGUUACAACAAUAUGUUACAGAUGUUACUUCAAAAAAGAAGAUAAUUUCCUGCACAUUUCAUGACAGUGUACUAGACUAUAUAAUAUAUUAAGUAUAAUAUAUAGCUAGGCGAAAAAACCCGGAAGUAAAAAACGAUUGAUAAUUUAGAGAUGUUUUGAUGUGCCCUAUGGAAUGUUCAGUUUUUUAAAGAAAUUUCUUAAAAAAACUUAAAACCAAAUCAGGCCCUGUAAGGCCUAAUAUUCUGCAUAUAUUCAAAUAGUUUUUGUGUACUAAAAAUAUAUGCGCAUGAGUUUAAAAGCACGUUUAAAAAAAAUUGUUUCAGACUAUUUUGAUCACAAUUUUUUUUAUAUUUUGUUAUUUUCUGCCAUCACAACGCCGCCAUUUUGUCCACACCACUCUGACAUUUCUUGUAGCUCAGGACCUAAUAAUUUAUUUAUUUCAUCAAUAUUUACAUUCUAAACAAGUAAAGUUCAUAAAUAUAAAUGAAAUCAGCUUUGUGAGCUAGAAAUUUACUACUAAUACUAGAUCUACUAUUAAAUUUCUUAUUUAAUAAGUAGAUCUUUCAUCUACAAAACUCAAGUUUGAACUUUUGACCUGGGGGUGUGUUUUGCCCAGUCAAUCCCAUCUUAGCCAAUGACAAGCUCUCCUCUCACUUGUUCCAUUGUGCUCAAUGUUAGGUCAAAAUGCCACAACAAAAAAAUCAUAACUUUCUAACUGUUAAACAUACAGUCAUAAUUUAUACAUCAUUGAAAAGUUUAAAUAAAGUAUUUUAAUGAAGUACUAACUAAAAAAAUUUUUUUAUGAUUAUGGCCUCCUUCAGUCGCAAAGCGACUAUAAAUCAUCUCAUUGAAAUGAGACAAAUGCCUUGGCAUUAGCUGUGGUAGGAACUAUGUCGCCCACACAUUAUUUCCCCCCUCUCCACGUAGCUGAUGUAUCCAAAAAACGGCAGUGCUGAUACAGUUUGGGGUCAGCGGCGUCGCAGGUUUUCCCAGGGUGUAACUGCCUUAGGGUCGCCAAACCCUGAUUUUUCCUCAGGAGUUGACUCCCGAAGCCUUUCCCAUGAUUGGGUAUAGCUGCACGGCAACAGAGGUUUGAAUUCAGAGUUUUCCUUCUCCUAGGUGGAUAGCCAGCCAUGGCUAAUGAGCCCCUCCUGCACGAAGCUUACUGGCUUAGGCGCCAGUUACUCGCAUUUGCCCUUUCUCCUGUUAGUGAGAACAGUUCCGCUGGACUCAAUAUCUGAGCCACACGUGAAGGCCAGGAGUUGGACUGGUUGUCAGAGGCUAUUUUAGACGCUUGCCAUUAGGAAGCAUUUUAUAGGUAGUGGAGUGCUUACAUCCAUUACCACUUAUAUAUAAUCUUUUUCUAAACUACUUGUGUAACUUCAAAAUGUAUUAACUAUAUGGCCUCCUACACCCGCAAAGCAACUAUCUCAUGGAAAGGAAAUGAAUGCCUGGGCAUUAGCUGUGGUUGGAACAAUGUCGCCUACAUAUCAGUUCCCCUCUCUCCAUGCAGCUGAUGUAUCCAAAGGAACGGCAAGUGCUGAUAUAGUUUGGGGUCAACAGUGUUGCUGGCUCUGCCAGUUUGUAGCACUGAGUGCUGCAAACUACCUAAGGGUCGCUGACUUCAGAUUUUUUCUCAGGGUUGACUCCCAAAGCCUUUCGCAUGGCAGCAGAGGUUUGAAUUCAGAGUUUUCCUUCUCAUAGGUGGGUAGCCAGCAAUUACUAAUUAAUGAGUCCCUACAGUCCGAAGCUUACUGGUUUAGGCACCAGCGACUCACCUUCUUCCAGUUUCGCUGGACUCAACAAGAGUUGGACUGGUCGUCAGAGGCUUUUUCAGACGCAUCAAUGCCAAUAGGAAGCAUUUUAUAUGUAGUGGAGUGCUUAUUUCCAUUACCACAAAUAAUCAUAAAUGUAUCUUUAAAAAAAAGGAAUUUUUGAACAUUCCUUCAGAAAUGAAGAUUGUUACAUCCUAGUCCAAACAGAAGAUGGAAGUGGGCAGGAUUCAAACUUGGGGCCAUUAUGAGGAUUGCUGGAAGUGCAUAUCACAUAACAAGGCAGCCAUCUGAUUUGAAAAAUAAAUGAAUUUAAUCAUUACUUUUUAGAUAAGAUAGAUCAUUUUUAUUGGUCCAAUCAAAUGGUAAUUCAGUUUCACUACUAUCGACCUUCUCAGCAUAACUUCUGUUCAAUAACAAAAUAGAUGCAAAUACAAACAUCAUUCAUACAUGAAACACAUACACACUAACACUAACGACCAGCGCUUUAUGAAUUAGACUUCUAUGUGCUUCUCAAUGCUGACAAAUGACCCUGUAACACUCUGACCAAAAGUGGGAUAAAGGAGUUUUUAAUUCUUUCUGUUUUAGUCCUAAUGGAAAGGAGAUGACCUUUUUGUUCAGAUCUGUUUUAACAGUGGUUUAAUGGGUGCAGGUUGUCUUUAAGAAUCAUGAGUUUUUUGGGAAAGGCAUCUUUCAAGAAAAAGCUCUUCUAGAGAUGGUAGCUGUGUUUGAGUGAUAAACCAUGCUUUUUUAAACAAUUACUAAGUGCCAACAUAGCAACUUUGUGAAAAAUGUAUCUUGCAUUCUACUAAUAAAUCUGAGGCUGUAUUAAACAUUUGAAUGCCUUUUAAGAGACUCAUUUAGAUUCUUCAGUAAGAAAAAAUACCACACAUAAUGAAUAUGACUGAUGGAGAUAUCAGUUCUGUGAAUAUUGCCCGAAAUGAACUAAAUUUUUCCUUUGAGGGUGAUACAAAUUGUAAUGUUAUAAAUUUCAAACCCAAUAAAGACACAUUGGAGAUGCAGCGUGUUUCUCUUACUGUGGAUCAAGUUGAGUACAAGCGUUUCAGUGGUGUGACACUAAGGGAAACUAAACAAAAACAAACAGAUGCUGUUUCCUUUGAUGUAAAAAUGUCACCUAAUUUAAGUGUUUAUCAUCGCAGACGAUCAAAGGACCUUAAUUCUAGCCAAGAAUCUUUGUCCUCUCCAGGAUUGCAGAGACCAUCUUCUAGAGCUAGUUCUACUGAUCUGCGAGAAAGUGAUGAAGGAGCAAAAGAAGGGGGAUCUCCUAUACAUAACUCAGCCAAUUGCAGCCGCAGUGCUUCUCCUGAUAAGCCGCAUAACACUUAUGAAUCUCCACCAAGAAUCAACACUAUUUCAGAGGGCAUGGAUCGCAGCUUUACAGAAAAUGGGAAUGCCUUAGAGAGAAGACCUGGCUCAGCACAGGAUCUGUAUGAGAUGAACAGCAGCAACAGGAGCUCAUAUUCUUUUGAGAGAUCUCUGGAUAAUAUACUGGAUAAAUGUUCAGAAAAGUCUCUUGACAUCAGCCUCGCUGUUGAUUCAUGGAACUCUUCAGCUCAAGAAGGUGGCAAGUCUCCUGACCAGCAGUCUUCAGGCAGUAUAGCUAAAAGUGGAUCAAAGACAGAAAAGAAGAAGAAUCGUUGGUACAAUAGUGAAAUGGACAAAAGAAAGUCACAAAUGGGAUUCAGCAAAAAAUCAAUAAAACGCAAAAAGCAGAUCAUGAGUACAACAUACAAGUCAAGAAGUGAGGACUACAAAAGAAUGUUCAAAGAUGUUCCUAAAGAUGAAAGGUUAAUAGUUGACUACUCUUGUGCGCUUCAAAAAGAUAUCUUGGUGCAAGGUCGAAUGUACAUAUCUCAGAAGUGGAUUUGUUUUUAUGCCAAAAUUUUCAACUGGGAGACCAUGCUGAUGAUUCCAUGCAAGGAGAUAACUGCCAUCACUAAGGAGAAAACUGCCAGAGUUAUCCCCAAUGCCAUUCAAAUCACUACAGAAAAAGAAAGAUUCUUCUUCACAUCCUUUGGCACUAGGGACAAAACUUACAUGAUGCUGUUCAGAAUAUGGCAGAAUGCUUUAUUAGAUCAGCCAAUGUCAGCCAAAGAACUUUGGACUUGGAUACACUACAACUAUGGGGAUGACCUUGGUCUGACCACUGAUGAUGAAGAUUAUGUUCCACCUCAAAGUUUUGAGGAGUUGACAGAGAAGUUGAAAGAGGAGAUACCUGCUAUCAAAGAACUCAACACAGACUCUGAAGUUCUGACUACAACAGCAGAAAACCUUCAAACAGCAAGCAAUGAGGACACAGAUGCAUUUGUGACUGAUGAAGUCUUUAACAAUGUGACUGAUAGCAUCCCUCUAUCUCAAAUUCCUUCCCUCCCUUCCAUGCCAGUUGACUUUCUGAAUAGCAGUGAUGAUAGUGAAGGUGAAUAUUUCUGUGCUGGCCAUGACCACCUGGAGAAGAUGUACCUUGAUGAGGUGUUCAACAUUAACAUUGACAUAGUGUUUGCCUGUCUGUUCACUGACUCUCCUUUCUUUAGGAGUUUUGUGGGAUCCAGGAAAACUUUUGAACUCAAUUUACCCAACUGGGAAGAAGAACCAGAUGAGAAUGGAAAUAAAGUAAGAAACAUUACCUACACUCUGACUUUGAACAACUCUAUAGGACCCAGGACAUCACCCUCCACAGAGAGACAGAUUUGUUACACAAUGAGUAAACCUGGCAAGAUCUACCAUGUGGAUUGUGAGUGUUGCAAUGGGGGGAUUCCAUACGCUGACUCUUUCUACAUGCUGCUGCGGUACUGCCUGACUCGGGUUUCACCCACCAAGUGUAGGAUUGUGGUCACUGGUGAACUCAAAUACAGGAAACAUGUUAUGGGGAUGUUUAGAGCUAUGAUAGAGAAAAGUGCUGUGAAUGGAUUGACAGAUUACUAUAGACAAUUAUCUGCCCACUUGAGACGAGAAGCAGAAAGACAGGAAGCCAUUAUUUUAGGCAACCAGACAGCACUACCAAAGAAGAAACUACGUAGGAAAAGGGUCAAACUUCAUCCCACAGCCUCGGACACUGGAUGUUCCACACGCCAACAAUUUUCUGAAAGGCAAACGUCAACACCACCAUCUCCAACUAAGACUGGUUACAGAGAAGACAAACUGAUUGAACUAAAUGCUCACACGCUGGUCCGCAUAAUUAUUGUUAUACUUGUUCUGCUACUGUUAUUUAAUGCUGUUCUGUUCUAUAAGCUGUGGUCCCUAGAGAGUUAUGCCAGUACACUUUAUGGUCUACCAUCACAGGAGUUCUUAGAGAAUAUAGCGAAGCAGCCUCGCAGCCAAGAGGAGUGGAGUAAUUUACUACAGCAGCAGAAAAUGUUGCACGAAAAUGAAAUUACCAAAUGGGAAGAAGUUUUGACAACAUCAAUACAUAUAGUGGAACAAAUGAAGAAUUCCUUAGUCAACCUUCAAGCAACACUACGAGUUGGGUCCCAUAAGGAGUCAUGACAUCUAGAUUCUGUGUUUGUUUCCUGUUGGGUAAACAUCUUCAACGUUCCAUGUCACUCUUCAUGUGAUUUAUUUAUUGUCCACACGAGAGACUUCCAUUACUUCCCCAUUUAUUCAUUUCAUGAGACUUGAGUGUCUUAUGCUGAGACAGCUGUAGGGAGUCUUAGGUUGAGACAGAUCAGCUGCAUGUUUGCAGCUGGUGAAAGGAGACCUGGCUUUGGUCAAGUUACUUGUUGGUUUGUCAAACUACUGUGAUGUUUUUUUUUUAAUUCAUUUUGUUUGCAUAUUUAAAUCUCAAAAUGUUAAUACAUUUAACUUAUGCUCAGUUUUCUUGUAUUUUAUAUUUAUCUUUUCUAUGCCAUUAGGCUCAAGUACAUUUCUAUUAUUGAUUUAGAGGUGAAGAACUAAUCCUUCUAGAGCUUAGACAUAAUGUUUAGAUUUGAAAUAUUUUACAAAUCAAUCGCAGUUUUUAUGUUUCUAUAAUCUGAUAAAAUUUUCUGUAUAAUUCUGUGAUUUAUCACCAGAUCCAUAUUUUGUUUUACCCAUUGGAUUGAGGUGAAAUAAUAAACAGGUAUCUGCACAAAUAGAUUAAUAUAUAAUUGUAACUUUAUGAUAAAAGGCAAUACUUUACUAAAAAAAAAACUAAUGAAUAUUGAACAAGUAUCAAUGGAAUUGUUUUGUUAUUACUUUUUUUUUUAAAGAAAUCUAAUUUUUUUUCUUUCGUUGUUGUUCUUGAGAUUUGUUAUCAUAUGAUGUAAGAAAAGAAAAUAUUUGCUUGUUCACUAUCAGAAAUAUUUUAUCAAAAUGUGAUGUUUGUAUUGCACUCAUCAGACUACCUAGGUCUACAUGUAUUUAGUCACAUGAAUGAUGACCAGAAUAGAAACAUGAAAUAUAGGCAAGUAUUGAGCAUUCUAAGGGCUAAAUGUGACAUCCCACAACCAUGUCAACUUUUUGUCUGAGCAAAUGUUGAGUCUGUACAUGAACAUUCCAAAGUAGAAUUAUUAGAGACUUAUCUAUGGUGUGUCUACAAAGUUUGCUACACUCUCUACUGCUUGCAGUCUGAUGAACUUGUUGGGUCUAGGCUCAAAGAGGCUAUUGCUUACAUCUCCUAAACAAGAACCUGUGAGGGUAAGAUGGUGAACCUAGCAGCAAGUCUCUUCACUACUCACUUUUGGACAGAAUUAUCUGCAGUGUGAUUUGUGGCUCAGUGCUUUGGGCCCAGGCUAUUAAACUGUUUUCUGUUCCUCCAUCUGUCUAGAUUCAUUUGCUUUUAUCUGUCCCCCCCCCCCCCCUCCGUCUGCAGUCUUAUUGUGACACAUGCUUCCUGGAUGUAGCUAUUUACCUCAGCCUCUAGGCUUAUGGUUCAGUUCUGUGCAUGUAUAUAGGUCAAAAUUUAUUUGAUAAGAAUCUGCUGUUGCUUUAUCUCCCCUUGUAUGUCUCUGUUUGUGAAUGGUAUUGUUUGUUUCUUUAGUGUUAAACAUGUAGUCACUUGUAGUGUACUACCAUAAGUUAGACUGUUUUGAAAAUAAUUUGAAAUUGUAGUUACUUUAUAGUUUAGAGAUGCAAAAUCAGUUCAAUUACAGCAAGUCUAAUGAUGGAGAAAUCCAUCAUUUUAUUUCAAUGUAUACAAAGGUCAUUUAAAGAUGUGGAUAGAACACUUAUCCAAAACGUCUUCUACAUUGUUUAUAGAUCUGUUGCAAUGACUUUGAGAGUAAUCAGCAAGAAGAAAUGAACACCAGCACUCAUUGUUGAUAUCUACAAGAAUGUUUUCAGACAUCUUUCUGCAGUUUUCAUUUAAGUUGCUGACAAACAAAUUUACUACGUAGCUACAUAUUGGACUUUUCUUUCUUACGACUAUUUAGAAUGUCAGAGUGUUUCCAGUCCAUGCUUAAGAAACUGAUUGACUAGUUUCAAAACAAAUAUGUUAUUUUGUCUAGUGAACCAACUAAGGUGUGAAGAUCCACUGUGUCCUCUCUAGCAUUGGAACAGAAAUACAAAUAUCUGUCAACAUGUUCCCUUUUUAUUGUAUAUAUAACCUGAUGGUUCAAGUUUUCUUCUAUGUGUUUCAUUUCUAGUCUUUUGGUUCUUAGACUGUCCUGACCUCAAUGAUUCACUAUUUGUUGCCUAUUUUGUGUUUUUUUUUGGGGUAUUUAUAUUAAACACAUUUGUGCAAUGGCAACUAUAUUAGUAUCUUUAGAAAUGUUUUGGAUUGUCAUGGUUUUUUUUUGUUUGCUUGUUGUCUGCAAUGUUUGAGUGCAAAACAUCUGCCCUAUUUAUACUUUCUCAAUGAGCUUAUAUCUGCAUUUUGCUUUUUUCAGAAUGUUUUCAAGAAACUUUUCUGCUUCAAACUUUGUUUUUAUCUGGAACCUAAAGAGUCACUUUUUUUUAUCUGUAACCUAAAGAGUCACUUUGUUUCUAUCUGGAACCUAAAGAGUCACUUUGUUUCUAUCUGGAACCUAAAGAGUCACUUUGUUUUUAUCUGGAACCUAAAGAGUCACUUUGUUUCUAUCUGGAACCUAAAGAGUCACUUUGUUUUUAUCUGGAACCUAAAGAGUCGUUUUGUUUUUAUCUGGAACCUAAAGAGUCACUUUGUUUCUAUCUGGAACCUAAAGAGUCACUUUGUUUUUAUCUGGAACCUAAAGAGUCACUUUGUUUUUAUCUGGAACCUAAAGAGUCACUUUGUUUUUAUCUGGAACCUAAAGAGUCACUUUGUUUUUAUCUGGAACCUAAAGAGUCACUUUGUUUCUAUCUGGAACCUAAAGAGUCACUUUGUUUCUAUCUGGAACCUAAAGAGUCACUUUGUUUUUAUCUGGAACCUAAAGAGUCACUUUGUUUUUAUCUGGAAUCUAAAGAGUCACUUUGUUUCUAUCUGGAACCUAAAGAGUCACUUUGUUUCUAUCUGGAACCUAAAGAGUCACUUUGUUUCUAUCUGGAACCUAAAGAGUCACUUUGUUUUUAUCUGGAACCUAAAGAGUCACUUUGUUUCUAUCUGGAACCUAAAGAGUCACUUUGUUUUUAUCUGGAACCUAAAGAGUCACUUUGUUUCUAUCUGGAACCUAAAGAGUCACUUUGUUUUUAUCUGGAACCUAAAGAGUCACUUUGUUUAUAUUUCUGUCCCCAACUUUCUGUCACACUUCCAAGAUCUGGUCAUUAGUAGCCAUGAAAUUGUGUGUUGAUGCUCUGAAAUCAAUUAGAAUUGACAUCACAAAGUGUUCUAACAUUUGAAGUGUUUUCAUUGACACAUUUUAAUCCCCUUCAGUUUGGGACAACAAAUUAAACUUUGACCUUAAAUACCAUUACAGCAAUAUCAAAUGUUUUUUUUUUGUUAGAAAAAUGAAUGUUAACAAAACUUUAGUUUUAUCAAGUAAAUUUACAAAAUAAAAAAAAAUUGUGAUGACUCCAGAUGAAAAUACUUCAAAGAAAGUAACAAAAAAUAUUUGCCAAUUAGACUUAAAAACAAAUUAUUUUUUUGCACCAUUUCUUGACCAUCUUCACAUUUUGACUUUGAAGACUGUGUGCUUUCCUGUCAACUUAUUUUCUGCACUGUUUCUUCUUUCGUCAGUCUGUGCCAUUUUCUAAACAAGUCAGAUGCUUCUUUACAUAGCUGUGUACUGAAGUCCUGUCUUCUCAAAUUUCAUCUCCUGAAAUGGCUUGAAAAUAAGUCACAGAGUGAAAUUAUGGGCAGUAACAACUUUGUGAACUGUGUGUCAAUCAGUGAAUUGGGCAAUGUAAUACUUGAGCCUCUCAAGUAGGUCAUUACCAAUGCUCAAGAUUGAUACCUACUUAAUUUUUUUUUUACCCUUCUACUGAAAAGGUGUCAGUUGGAGAUGUUGAGCUUGUUGUCAUGUCAAAAUGAAGUGUUUGACCUGUUUCUCAGAGUCCACUAUUUUCUUGGUCCUCUCCUUGACAUUUCCCCACAAGUUGCUGAGUUGAUAUAACUUUGGUAAGUUAAAUAUAAGAAAAAAAACAACAUUGAGCUUUUAUAUCAUUUUGUAAACCUUAAUCUUUCAAGUCCUUUUAUCUUUUGAUGUAAUUAUUAUUUAGAAUAGAAUUGUUUCUUUGUGACACUCUAAGGCACAGGCCUUGUUUUAUCCUGUUUGUUGAAUCAACAAUGUGUUGAUGUGGGAAUGUCAACCAGGUAUGUUUCAUAUUUCUGUCCUGUUCCAGUAUUUAGAAGUCUAAUAUGACUUUGUUGUACUAUGUGAUUGAAUAACUCUGCCUGCUUUAGACUUCUGGCAAACAUCUGAUAACCUAAUGCUACAAGUUCUAUGUUAUGUGACAAAAGAUUAAUGCAUGCCUCAUGCCAAGUCAUUUCCAUUUCACUUACACAUUUAGCUGCACUACACAGAACAACUAGUUAACUCUUUAACCACAAGAUAGUCAUAAUGUUUGAAUGUGUCACGCCUGGCCAAAGUUUUCACUGUCUUGAUGAUGUGUUUGAAUUUUUGAAUGUGUCAUGCCUGGCCAAGUUUUCACUCUCUUGGUGUGGUGUUUAAAUGUGUCAUGCCUGGCCAAGUUUUCACUCUCUUGGUAAUGUGUUUAAAUGUGUCAUGCCUGGCCAAGUUUUCACUCUCCUGGUAAUGUGUUUAAAUGUGUCAUGCCUGGCCAAGUUUUCACUCUCCUGGUAAUGUGUUUGAAUGUGUCAUGUCUGGCCAAGUUUUCAUCAUUGUUAGCUUGACUCUGAACCACAUAAUGGUGAACACAUUCAAUUCUCAAUAAGAAAUUUGUUUGAUCAAUAUAUGAAAUCCAUUUCUGGUUUGUUUUGUAACUUAAACUAAUGUCCUAUGAUUGUCCUAAGAAUGUCCUAAUGGUUGUCCAAUUGAUGUGUUUUGGUAUAGAAGGAAUGAGACAAUACACACACUGUUGAGGGAUGUUUGGUUCAAUGUGUUGGAGGAGUCAGACUAAACCAGUCAGGGGGGACAACUGAGUUACCACACUGGUGAAAAAGGACAAUUUUUUUUCCCCUAGCAAGCUAUUGUGACUAAUCAGUUAUUUUUACUGGAGAAUUUCACUCCUGGGAGGAUAACUUGAAAAAUGUACCCCUGGAAGGUUGUUUAGUGUCUGACCCUCAGUGUCUAAGAGACAGUGUCUUGAAGACUUAGUCAAAGCCAAUGUUACAGUUUGUCACAGUCAAUGUUACAGUUUAUGUCAAUGUAAGUCAAUGUUACAGUUAAUGUCAGUGUCUUCAUAUUCUCAUGGAUGUAAGUGUCUGUGUGUGCCUGAGUAACAUCUAUGUGAUACUCCAAAUAGAAUCUCGUCAAGCUGUUUACUCCCUAUUACUCUACUUGAUGGUUUUCCUCUAAUGUUCGUCCAUGUUCUAUUCUGCUUUUUAUUUCAAGAGGUCCAUAAUUUAGCUCUAAACUUUGUUGACAUUGGUUUUAUUAUUGAUUUUAUUGUUGUUAUUUGACACUUAUUUAUGAUUCCAUCACAUUUUCUUGUACAUGCCAUUAUUGUCUGUGAAUACAAAGUAGCCACUGUUUUGAAAAGAAUUUGAUUCAAAUCGUAGUUACUUUAUAGUUCAGAGAUGCAAAUGUUAGGAAAAUAUGACACAACUUAAAUAACAAUAGAGAACGAACUUAUUUUUUGUUCGAGUCUAUAGUUUUUCUAUUACGCAAAAGUAUUUGAACGAAGAAAAAAUGAGAUUGUCAUAUUACAUAUCUCAAGCUGACUAGAUUUCUUUAGUUUACUCUUUGUCAGCUGAGCUGUAGUCAACAUUCCUAGAGAUGAUUACUCUCUGUUGUUUCAAGUCUUAUUUGUAUUCACUCGUUCGCUAAUCUGAUGGCAUCGCCUUGUUUUUAAUGAUACAUUGCCUUGAUUUGUUUUAAUGCUUUGAAAUUUAUACAUCUUGCUUGGAUGAUGUUAAACUCACCUGUUCAUCAGCUGUAUUAUUAGAGGACAUAACAUGAAAUGGCAUGUCAUCAGCUGUAUUAUUAAAGGACUUAACAUGAAAUGGCAUGUCAUCAGCUGUAUUCUUAAAGGACUUAACAUGAAAUGGCAUGUCAUCAGCUGUAUUCUUAAAGGACUUAACAUGAAAUGGCAUGUCAUCAGCUGUAUUAUUAAAGGACAUAACAUGAAAUGGCAUGUCACCAGCUGUAUUAUUAAAGGACAUAACAUGAAAUGGCAUGUCAUCAGCUGUCCCAUCACUUUAUUUCCUGACCUUUGAGUAGCAGGCUGUUAUCAUCAGGUAGUGUGUUAGGUUGUAGGCAAGUUGAACAUUUGUAACUUUUGUGUGUGUGUGCUCCUUUUUAAUACGUUGUAAAAUCGCUCAGGUCAUUAUGACAUUCUAGACCUACAUGUUAUAUGUCGCUAUGAGGGUAUGUUGUAUGAUUAGUAUUAGCUGUACCAAAUAGUGAUAGCUAUUUAUGUCAAGGUCACAAAGUCCUAAGCCUGCGGCUAUUGUAUUCCACCUUGUCCAUCCCACUUCAUAAUAUUUGUGUAUAGAACUUUUUUUGUUUUGUUUUGACUAUGUCCUUGAAUAGAACAUUUCAUGAAUGUUCUGUGUAGAACAAUGGGACUUGCGCUUUGUUGAUCCAAACUAAAUUAGACGAUGAUCUAGAAUAAAACCAUGAAAUCAA